GGGGGGCAGGAAACCACUCCUCCCAUUCAUGCUUUGCUGGGCUCUGCCUGCGUCACGCAGCCUCCGGAGCACGGGGAGAGCUGAGCCGCUUCCUCUGGGGGUGGUAAGGGGGGGCCGGGGCGCUGCCACCCCCUCCCCAGCCUGUGGGGAAGUGACUGCCGGGCACGGGGGCUUCCUGGAAAUGCUCUUGCACUUCCUUCCUCCCCACACGGCUGCCCCCGCUUUCCAGGGAUGGCAGGUCCCACUGCCGGCUCUUCCUUCCCCCAUCCCUCUGCCCAGGAGUGCUGAGGAGGAGGAACAGAGGAAGGGGAUGACACAUCCUGCUCUUCCAGGGCUGGGGGAACGUGGCCAGGGAGCUCUGUCCCUUUGCCCCCCACCUUGGCACAGACAAACCCCUGGGCACCAGCACAGCUGGCUGGAUGGGGGGCCCCAGCUGUGCCCAGCUGGAGACCCUGCAGGGGCUUGGGGGGGCAUUUCCUGCUCCCCCUCCUCAUCCUCGCCCUGGCCUUGCCUUUGCCAUCUGGAUCUCCUAGGAUGGUUUCCCUGUGCCUGUUUGGGGGUGCUGCCCUCCCCAUCCGGGCAGGGGCUCCUUGGGGGCAGCUCCCCCUCUCUGCCAGCCCAGAGUUGGGGGCCCGGGGCUGCGUGGUGCUGGGGGCCGGGGUGACGCGGGGCCAGGCGUCGGAGCGAGGCGGGAAUGCGGCGUUCUCUGAGUCAUCGGCGUUUCUGAGAAGCAGCUGGGAGACACUUGCCCCAUCCCUGCGGGCCCCGAGCCCGGUCAACGACUUCUUGUCGGGCCGGUCCCCGCUGACCCUGGCCCUGCGUGUGGGUGACCACAUGAUGUUCGUGCAGCUGCAGCUGGCGGCCCAGCAGAGCACUGGACAGCUCCAGCACCGACACCUCAUCGCCAGCCGCGGCGAGGCGGGGGCCAGCGCCAGCCCCCACUGCCGGACGCUGCACGGUGCCAGCGGCUCAGGCUUCGCCCGCAUCCCCGUGGUGCCCUCGUGCCAGCAGAGCCCGGCCCCCAGCCCCACGCCCUCUGCGCCGGCCCCCCCCAUGUACUGUAACGCCCCUCACGCCGCUCCCGUCACCGCCGGCAUGUUCCGGUCACACGGGGCCAGCACGCAGACGGUGAACAGCAGCGUGGUCUCCUCCUGCUCAGAGGUGGACUGUGGCUCCCGCAGCAGCAGCUCCCCGGGCAGCAGUCCGGCCCCCUCGGCCCGAUCCCGCAAGCCCGGGGCGGUCAUCGAGAGCUUUGUCAACCACGCGCCUGGGGUCUUCUCAGGGACCUUCUCCGGCACUUUGCACCCCAACUGCCAGGACAGCAGCGGGCGGCCGCGGCGGGACAUCGGCACCAUCCUGCAGAUCCUCAACGACCUCCUCAGCGCCACGAGACACUACCAGGGCAUGCCCCAGUCCCUGACACAGCUCCGCUGCCAGACGCAGUUCUCCUCCUCCUCCUCUUCUUCCUCCUCCUCGCCGCCUGCCUCUCCAGACCUCGCCACCAAAACUACCUCAGAGCCGCUGCCGGCGGCCGCCGCCCCCACCCUGCACCCCGUCGUCCAGUGCCAAAGCCAGAUCCGGAUGUGCAAGCCCAGUGGGGACCGGCUGCGGCAGACGGAGAACCGGGCGACGCGCUGCAAGGUGGAGCGGCUGCAGCUGCUGCUGCAGCAGAAGCGGCUGCGGCGGAAGGCGCGGCGGGACGCCAGGGCUCCGUACCACUGGGUGCCCAACCGCAAGGCCGGGCGCACCAACAGCAACAGCAGCGUCUCCAGCGAGGGCAGCCUGGACCUGGACUUCGAGGACUCGGUCUGGAAGCCGGAGGUCAAGGCCGAGAUGAAAUCCGAGUUUGUCGUAGCAUAGAGAGCCAGGGCCCCGGGGGACUGUGCCGGGGGGUCCCACUGGCUGGCCCCGCUCUGGGGAGGCAGCGCUGGCGUCGCGGGCCGGGGCUCCUCGAGAUUUGCCGUCUCCCGCCACCGGACGCGUUGGGCCGACCUGCGUGUCAGGGGGAGCCCCCCAUCCCCCUGCUCGGUUGGGUUUGGGGCGAUGGGGAAGAGCAGCAGGAGCCGCCCCCUCCUCGCAGCCUCCCCAGCUGGGGGGUCCUGGCACCCGGGGGGGGGCCCUGGGGUGUAUCGAAGCUGCUGCUUUGCUGUGAAGAGGGGCACAGCUCCGGCCCCACCUUGUGCCACCCCACCCCGGUGCAGGCAGGAGGAGAUGAAGUCUCUCUCGGAGGUGCUGGAGCCCCCCCCGAUUUGGGGGCCGUUUGUUUUCCUUCCCUUCUAUAUGUAGCAUUGCUCGGCUGUGGGGCUGGGCCCCCCCGGGGGGACAUGUGUGCCUGGGCCCCACCGCUGCAGCCUGGGGAGGGGGGACGGGGGUGGGGGGCUUUGUUUUUUUGGGGGGGUGUUAAUUUUGUUUGGGGAGGGAGAAGCCAAGGCGCCUUCCCUCCGCGGCCGAGCCCAACUUCCGAGUCCCUGGACUCCUUCCCACCCACCGCUUGGGUGGUUGGAUUUUUUUCUUUUUUAACUUAAAAAAAAAAAAAAAAAAAAGAAGAAAAAAAAAGAAAAAAACCCCUGAAUAAAUAACCCCAAACUCGGUCCCGGCUGCAGGGCCGGUAUUUAUAGACAUUAAUGACCCGACUGAGCCAAUACUGACAUAGUCUUCAUAGGCCGUAGGAUCCUUUUUCUCGUCCGACUUGGAUUUUUUUCCGUCAGGAUCUGUGCAAAUAGAGCCCCCACGUGAUGUGUUUUUUGUCUGUAAAAGUCUUUUUUUUUUUUUUUUUUUUUUUUUGUGUGUG